AUGUCAUCGCCAACGUCUGGCGCGUCAGUGGAUCCUUGGUGGCUUCCAAUGUCCGCCAGCGACCUGCCUCCGUGUUCCACCAUUGGCAGUGGGCCUCAGCUUGCCACCUCUUCCAGCGACCGCCCAUCACGGAAACGAAAGACGACUGCGAACACCUGGGCCCACGCUCGCGAGCCUGCUGGCUCAGAACCCAGCCGCUGCGGUCGCAAAAAUGAAAAGAUUUACUAUUAUAGGCAUUGCAUGGACCCACCGUACUCCACAAGCGUCUCGACGACCUUUCGAAACCAUCUGUUGAGGAUUCACAGCAUUGAGCUAGAGGCACCGGAGCAUCCUGUCAAGCGACAACGCGAUCGCCUUAUUCAGGACGCCUUUGCCAAGGCUGGAGAGAUACACGCGGCGAAGCAGCUGUUAGGACAAGAGGACGCGUUAAGAAGCGCCGUCAACCUCAAGGCGGCGCGUGAGGCACUAGUCCAGCUGGUCACCGUCCGCAACCUCUCUUAUAACUACAGCUCGUGGCCAGAGUUGCAUGCGCUCGUUUCUACAAUCAAUCCUACGGCUGAUGGUGUCAUUAGUCUGUCAAAUGGCUCUAUACAGAAACUCGUCGCGAAUUCCUACAGCAUUCACAAAGACAUCCUGCGGAGAAGGCUGCAGUCGACGCCGUGGAAGCUGCAUCUUUCCGCAGAUGUUUGGUCCGCUCCGAACCAUAAGGCGUUCCUCGGAAUUUGCGUGAGAUUUGUUGACGGAGGUACGAAGGAGGCCUUACAAGCGCUGCUGGCUUUGCCGGAGCUACCCGGACUGGACGGCCCCGGCAGUCAUGGUGGUGCGGAACAAUGGAAGAUUCUGCGGCGUGUGCUUGAAGACUACAACAUCUGGCACAAGAUUGGUUUCUACACUGGCGAUAAUCAUGGCCCAAACGACAAGCUAUGCCGCCUUCUGGGCGAACAUCUUCAAGGUAAAGGCAUCGCUUGGGACGCCAGGUCGCAGCGAAUCCGCUGCUAUGGCCAUAUUCUCAACCUCGCUGUACAAGCCUUCCUGUUCAUGGAUUCCAAAGAAGCAGCGCAGGCAGCUCUGGAGCAAAUUGAGCUUACAGACGAAUCGGCGUUUGGUGCAGACUUCUCUGAAUCGGUCAAGGCCCAGAGAAUACAAGGCUGGAGGCGGCUCGGACCGCUUGGUAAGGUGCACAACAUUUCGGUGCAUAUGCGCGGCUGCGACUUCCGCUGGAAUGAGUUCAGGAGGCGCGCGGGGAGGUCCCUAGGACUUGACAAUGAUACGCGCUGGAACUCGUGGUUCCGCCUCCUAGACGUUACUCUUAAUCUCCAAAGCGACGUGGAAUGGUACCAGAGGAAGUAUUAUGACGAUCUUCGCGAGGACUACCUCUCGCCAGAAGAGUGGCGAGUACUCACAGAGACGCGCGCAUUUCUGCAGCCGUUCUGGAAGAUAACGCAGCUUACGGAGGGACGUUGCGCUACGUUGGAUCGUUCGCUCUUCACCCUGGACGUUCUACACAAGCAUUACACCCAGGAGUUUGAACGGUGUGCUCAUGAUAGCGAGAUGCGAAGCUGCAUCGCAGCUUCUUGGGCCGUGUUUGACAAGUACUACCAACUGACGGACGAGAGUCCGGUCUACGGCGCGGCCAUAAUACUUCACCCGUCGAGGCGGCUGGCGCACAUCAAGAAGAACUGGCCAAGGUCAUGGCAUAAGCAGGUCCUUGACGGCGCCAGGAACCAUUGGAAACAUCAUUAUCAGGGACUCCCGAUUGCCACUCUGACUCCUCGGCUAGGAAGUCAAGACAAGCGGCUGGAUGAAUAUGACAUGCUUGCGCGUGAAUUAGAUGUCAAAUUCGAGAAUGCUGCAGGCGACUGUUUUCCAUCACGUCUGACAGUGGUCUCGACCCUUUCUUCCGCCAUCGAAGAUGGUCGCAAUUAUCUGCUGGGCAUGGCUUCUCGUAUGCUUGCUCUUUAUAACGGCAUGGGCUCUACUGCUCCUUCUGUUCUCCGAGGCCGGCCGUCACCGGCGGCUUUAGCUCUCCUGCUGGGUCGAGUGUUCAGUGGACAAAACAGACACAAACAGGCGGAAGAAGUGUAUCGCAAAGCUCUUCAAGAUUUCGGAUCGACCUCCAGCGAUUGGGACACGACUGCAACUCUGUUGCGUGAAUAUAUCCGUACGGCCACACAGAGCGGCACAUUAUUAGAAGCCAAGGCCAUAUAUGACCGUGUGAUCCGAUACUUCAUUCUGAGGCUGGGACGAUCUCAUGACACGACCCUUCUCUUGAUCUAUGAAACAGGUAACGCGCUCUGGACAAGCGGCGCUCUCUCGGAGGCCGAGCAAGUCUACCAGGAGGCUAUUUCCGACCUCGAUAUCACCAGGAACAACGCCAAUGUUCUUUUGCUCCGCGUCAUGGACAAGCUCGGCACUGUGUACACAGAGCAAAGUCGGUGGAAAGAAGCAGAAAAUAUGCAUCACGCCGCCUUGAAGGGGUUCUUGAAUGCAUACCAGAAUUACUAUGAUUCCCGGGUCGUUGCUGUUGUUCUUAAGCUAGGAGCCACGCUCCGUGCGCAGGGAAAGCUCAAAGAUGCAGCCCAGAUGUUCCAGUGGGGAUCAUCUGGCCUCCAGCAAGCAUUUGGACUGGAGCAUGCAGACACUAUCCACGCAUUUGAUCAGCUUUGCCUCAUACACACAGCAACAAAAAACUUUGUGGAUGCGGAAUUUGCUCUCCGCUCCGCUCUCAACGGUUGCGAGAGCUUGUACGGGAAAUACCAUGAGCGAACGCUUCGGAAAAGAGCCGAGCUUGCCGUGCUCCUCAGAGACCAAGGCAGGUUUCUAGAGGCGCAAGCGGCGUGCGAGCUGCUAUUGAGCGAACACGAAACGCCCCUGAGUGACUGGAAAUUCUUUGUACUCAACCACUUAGGUACAAUCCACUCUAUGGUCGGCCAGUUUGACAAAGCGGAGGGGGAGUUUGCCGCAGCCAUAGCAGGUUUUAGGAAACAUGGGGGUCAACAGUCUUCUUUAGCGCUGCUUGUUCUCUACAAUAUGGGAAACGCGUACCAUGUGAGAGGGCGGCCAGACCUGGCCGAGGUUUCUUACCGUGAGACGCUGGCGGGCCUGAGACAAACGGUGGGACACAAUCAUAUCGCAUCCCUUGCCGCCGCAGAGAUGCUUGCACUGUCGCUCAUGUCACAAGGCAGAAUUGCAGAUGCCGCCAACACCUGUUCCGAGGCUCUCAAUUUAUGCAGAUCUGAAAGUCUCUGGCCAACUACCGAAGCCCACAGGGUAACAGCUGCCAACUUUGAGCACAUGACCACGUCAUGUCUCCCAUUUUACAGCCAGAGUCCUCAACUCUGUAAGCAUGACAACAGCGGAGAAACCUCUCUGCCGCGGACGAACAUCAAAGGCGCGGUCAUGAAAUAG